GCUUGACUGCUAUUCACACUCCCUAGAACUGUUUUUGAGUUUGAGCAAAUACCCAUGGACGCUUGAUCGAUCAUCGCACAGCCUCUCAUAUUGUCCAGUGCCAGUCGGUCUAUGUCUCCCCCGAACGCAACUCCGCAACACAAUGCAGCCGACGACGUCACUCGGGAAAAGCAGCUAGACCAUGUAGCCGAGAAGAAGCAUGUAGACAUCACCGCAGAGAAGGAGCCUAUAGCGGCGCCAGACGUGGAACCCAAAGCAGACGCAGAUGAUGCGAAUACCACGGCAGAAGAGGGGCGGCCCCUCGAGGCCCAAGCUGGGGUACGUGAUGUCGAACACGAGGUAAAUGAGGAGAGGGCAGUGCCCCACGAUAUGAAGGCCGCGACAGAGGAGGCGCACGACUCGGCCCAGCAGCUAGACGCGACUGCAAACAGUACGGAACGUGAAGAAGUCGCGAAGCUGCCGUCUGCGGAACUUGUAGAGCAGCUUACCACGGCAACAGAGAACCUCGCCUUGGGUCGAUCUACACCCCCGCCUGAGCCCAGCGAGAAAGCGGCAGGCAAGGCGCCCAUGCAAUCACCAUCGCCCCCACCGCCGCCCCCCAAAGACGACAAGUACCUCACAGCCAGCAAUGUGCCGAGUCGUGCCACAUCCCCCAUGUCACAGGGGCGAUCGAGUGGGAGGAAUUCAGAAGACGGUGCGGCCGAGGAAUAUACUGCCAACAACAAUGACGGCACUGGAGAUGCUGUAGAUAACUCGCAGUCGGAGAUACAGAACAUCAUAGACCAGUUCCAGGAUAACGAGGGGCCAGGCGAGGAAGAGAUCAUGUCUCCCCGGUUAGAACUCGCGAGCCCCAUGCUCGAUUCCCCAACAACGCCCUAUCCCCCGCGACGGUCGAGUCUGGUACCGGUCGACAAACCUCUUCCUACCCCAACCGACGAUACAGCUCCGAAAAGCCCACUUCAAUCACCACCACCUCGUACUUCGUCCUUACGCCGGGUCGGCACCGACACCUCCUUCGCAGAACCGACGUCGCCAAGCGCCCACGCCUCUAAAUACAAGCCAGCCCAGCCAGUACCGGAGCCCGAGCCGGAUCUACCCUUUGACUUUCAUCGAUUUCUGGAGCAGCUACGUCAUCGAACGGCAGAUCCGGUCGCCAAGUUUUUGCGGUCGUUCCUGCUUGAAUUCGGAAAGAAGCAAUGGAUGGUUCACGAGCAAGUCAAGAUCAUAGGCGACUUUCUGGAGUUUAUCAGCAAAAAGAUGGCCCAAUGUGAAGUGUGGCGGACCGUGUCGGAUGCAGAAUUUGAUAACGCACGAGAAGGUAUGGAGAAGCUUGUCAUGAACCGACUGUACAACCAGACCUUUUCGCCUGCCAUUCCACCGCCAGAGCCAUUGUCGCCACGCAAGGGCCGACGAAGACAAGACCCAGUGGGACCAGGUCGGAGAGGUCAGCACCAAGAAGAUGUGGAGCGAGACGAGGUCUUAGCGCAAAAGGUUCGCAUAUACAAAUGGGUGAGUGAAGAGCAUCUAGACAUCAAGCCGGUGGGUGAGAAAGGAAAGAAAUUCCUGCAUCUGGCGCAACAAGAGCUAUUGAAGAUCAAGAGCUACCGCGCCCCAAGAGACAAGAUCAUCUGCAUCUUAAACUGCUGUAAAGUCAUCUUUGGCUUCCUACGAACGUCAAGUUCUGACCAGUCCGCCGAUGCCUUUGUCCCUCUGCUCAUUUACACCGUCCUUCAAGCAAACCCGGACCACCUCGUCUCCAAUGUUCAGUACAUACUGCGAUUCCGGAACCAAGAUAAGCUCGGCGGCGAAGCAGGCUACUACAUCUCUUCCCUUAUGGGCGCCGUGCAAUUCAUUGAAGGACUAGACAAAACUUCUCUAACCGUCACGGAUGAAGAAUUCGAAAGGAACGUCGAAGCAGCCGUGUCCGCCAUUGCAGAACGUCACGCAGCAGAAGAAGCAGAAGAAGCAGAAUCUUCAAACUCCACCCUGCUCAACCCCACAAACCCAACCCACAAGCGCGUCCCCUCACCCCACUACCACCAUCUCUCUGAGAAAACCACCCCGCUGCGUCCCGAACUUACACAAAGAAACUCCAUGGAAGCGGAAACAGCAGGCCCCCGCCGCUCCACUAGUCUCAAAGAAAAGAACAGGACAGACGACGACAACCAAGAACAACGACAGCAGCAGCCAGAGGAAGAAAACGCAGCCGUAGCAGGUCUCCUACGUACCAUCCAACGGCCCCUCAGCACAAUCGGUCGUAUCUUUUCCGACACCGAUACUCAUCCCGCGUCCGCACCCACCACAUCCUCCUCCACGCCUAAACCAACUUCCGCGUCGGCGCUGUCACCCUCGUCAGACAUGUUCCCCGGCCAACCCAGCGAAAAAGAAAAGAACAGACGCAGCCACGAAGACGCCUCAGAUGCAGCCGCCCGCCAAGCAUCUGUCGAAGCAGAGGAGGCAAGACGGAUUCAGCGCAAGGAACAUAGAGUUGUGGUGGAGACGCUUACGGGCAUGUUUCCUCAGUUGGAUAGGGAUGUUAUUGAUGAUGUUGUUAGGGAGAAGGAGGGGAGGGUUGGCUUGGCGGUUGAUGCGUGUUUGGCGCUUGCGAAUCCUUGAUACAGGUAUGAAGGAUAGAUAGACCAAAAAGGGAGAGAAGCAGUGGGAUAGUUGUGAAGAAGAGAGUUGGGUCUCCGUGGGUUAUCGGUAUGGAUAAGGAUAUGGAACGGCGUUGUUCUUUUGUGAGUGGAGAUACGGGAUGGGCUGCAUUCGCGUAUCUUAAUAUAAUAACAGAGAAAGGGGAUUUAUAUCACUCUGGAAAUAUUAAUCAUAUCACAUUGCUCGG